AUGUCCGACAACAAACCAUCAUCUAAAAGAAAAAAGUCUGGAGCUGAAUUCAGAAAAGCAAAGAAAGCUAGGCAACAUGAGAAUAAGCAGCUUGGUUCCUUCAUGCUAAAGUACUUCCAAACGGAAGAUGGGAAGCGUGAGAAUAAAGAAAAAACUGUCCAGGAAAAAUUGGGUGAAUGCGGUGAAAGUGAAACCCCUGGAACCUCACAAAGCUCGAUAUUUCAAGUCGAACAAGUAUCUGGAGUGGAUUCACCAGACACAGAAAAAGAUUUGGAUGUGAUCGAUAAACAUAAACUAGAAGAGCAAGGCGAGGAAAGUCGAAAAAUAGAAGUUAAUCAAGAAUUCGGGAAAGAUCGGGAUGUCGAAGAGACAUUGCAAGAAAAAGAUAGUGAAGAUAGUGUCGAGGAACCAAGCCACUGUCAAGAGAAACAUCCAAAAACCAGGGAAUUUCUUUCGAAUCCAAAUAUCGUUGUUGAUGAAGUCAGUGGAACAUUGGAUCCUGCGUCACUUGUUGGCUUAAAGUUAAGCACGAAAGAGAAAUUAAUAAAAAUGGAGCCUUGCCAACCAAGUCAGCAAAUAUUAAAAUUGAGAACGAAGCAGUUUGGAGAGCGUUCCAGAUAUUUUUCACAGCAAAUAUUUUUUCAUGAUGAUGACACAAGACGGAAAUGGAUUUCCUAUUCAUUGAGCACGGAUAGCCUAUUUUGUAUGCCUUGUCUUCUGUUCACAAAUGCAUUGUCACGGGGUGAGUUAGCACGCACGAGUCAAGGAAACGCCUUCACGUUUGCCGGAUUUUGCAACUGGAAGAAACAACACAGCGUUGUGAAAAAACACGAGAUGUCGGCAGCUCACGCAAAUGCUAAAGUUGCAGAGGUGCUUUUCUUGCAAGAGAAAACUAUAGCGUCAUGCCUGGAGCACCAAGAACAUGACGAAGCAGCACGAAGAAAGGUGGAAGUUACUGGCAAUCGGAAUAUAAUGACGCGAGUCGUAGAUACUAUAAUCCUUCUUGGGAAGCAAGGACUUGCAUUUAGAGGCCAUCACUCAGUGCUAUGAUGGCGGCCAGACGUGUUAUAGCGAGCUCUGAUAUUAUUCCACCAUUAUUUGAUAAAUCUCGUAAAGAAAUAGUUAAUUCAUCAACUAUCGGUAUUGAUUUUCUUGGUAAUGCUUUAAGCAACGAUCUUAUUUACGAGGGCACACGUUUGAAAUGGUGCAAUGACUUAGAUUCUCUUAAGGCGUUUGUUGCCGAAGUGCUUGACCUAAACGGGAAAUGGUGUUCUCCUGGAGGUGGGUCUAAAAGGUUCACAAGCUCCAAUGCUGAACUAACUUUGACGUGGUAUUCAGGCAAGCAAAACACUUUAUUAUUUCAAGGCAAAGAUGGCAACCUAAUUCGGGAUGGAUGUGUCAAAUUCUGUCAGACACGGGACGGUGUUAUGAAGUCGAGUUGUAAACAAGUGCAAGCCCUGUUGAAAAAUUCAGAGUUACAGCGGGAUCUCAUUGCUCCAAAUAUUUUGGAAUCUGAGCCUACAUCUAUAUCGAGACCGGCCAACCAAGUUGAUGUUGCAUCACAGGUAUGUCUAGACAUUAUAGGAGAUAAUUCCAACUAUUUGUCCAACUGUCGCUAUUCGUGUGGCGUUCUAGCUGCUGACGUUGAGGGAGUUAAAUUAGAUAUUACUAUCCUAUCUAACAGAAUCGAUUCGAUUGCAAAUGCUAAUACUGAAUAUUCUCACAAAGAUAAAGAAAUUGAUCGUCUUCAAAGUGAACUAUCGAUUGAGAAGGCGAGAUCUGAAAAGCUUGAAUCUGAGUUGAGUUUGUUUGUGAAAGAACGAUCCCUUGAAAUUGAAAAGUUGAAUCAGACUAUUGUUUCCCUAGAGAAUAAAAUAAUUGAGCAUGAUAAAUCUAAUGCCUCCCUAAAAUUAUUCAUUGACAUUGAUCAGCAGAGAAUUUCCAAACCUCAAAUCCCUGAGCAAAGUAAUUACAAACAAAGUGCAUCUCCAUUUGCUGCUCCAAUGAAUAAUAACAAUAGUAAGAUUAAUAAAAACACACUUAUGAACAAAAACAACAGAAAUGGUCACCGAAACAAUGGUCAUCAUAACAACAGUGGGUUAAAUCAAUGCAAAUCUCAAAACGUCAGUUUACAACCUUUUAUCUCUGUUCCUGUAAAUAAUGGGGACCCUGAAAGUGUGCCGUUUUACGAUACUAAUAGGGACUUACAAAACAAGGCACUACAAAUCAAUCAAAUUGCAAAUAUGCCCGAAAAGCAACCAAUAUCGGAUUGGAUUGGUUCCCUACCGUUAAUAGAGAUACCUAUCCAAGCGAAAAAUAAUCAACAUAUUAAUAGAAAUACCUCGAACAAGCUUCCUUUUCCCAAGCGCCAUCGAACGAAACCACCAUCCUAUCGAACGGGCCAUCGCCACCAAUCCCUCGAAUGGCUGAGCCAUUUGGACAUUGUAUACCAACUGUGCAAGAG